CAAAAUUGCACUAUUGUGAAGAGGACACUGACAAUCUCCAAAGACGUUCUCUGAUGUCAGCCAUAGAGAACACUCUUCAGUCAAUCCAAAACCAGUUGGAGUCCAUUCCGUUCUACGACGAUCUGGUAGACAAGUGGAACGACCUGGCCGGAGACAAAAUUAAGACCAAAGAUCCGUUUGUCGAGACAUUGCCGGAUGGCUCGACGCGCAAACUUAAACUCCCCGAUAACGCUACGAAAGACCAGAAAAAGGCAUGGAAACGAAUACAAAGAAGAGCAUGGAUCGACGACAAGUGUUUCCUCGGAUGCUAUCCAAUUGACUGUGGAAUAGGUUUGGGGCCCAUUGUGGUGAUGAUUCCUGGAAUCGGUCCGCUAUUAAUGUACGCAAUUCACGCCCGGCUGAUCCACAUGGCCAGCCAUGCCUUUGAUAUUGAUCCCGCAACGUAUUCCAAAAUGCAGGCCAAUAUUCUCUUUGAUCUGCUCAUCUCAUUGCCGCCUCUGAUUGGUUCUUUCUUUGCAUGGAUGAACGGCUGUUCCACACGAAACGCGGCCAUAGUUCACACACGAGUUCGAAAACUACUAGCUAUUCAAGAGCGACAUCAACAGCAGUACCAGCCCCAGCACCGUUCUGACCAUCUGCAACGGCCUGUGCCAGCGGCCACUUCAGCCUCUAACCCGCCACCACUGCCACCGAAAUCAGCUACCAUACGAGAUCCACAAGCGGGGCGGUGACGCGAAGAUAAACCUGCUACCAAGCCUGGAUUUUUCCAGAAAAAAGUUCGCGUAAACACGACCCCAUGCGAGAAAAUUCAAAUUUUUUAAAUUUUGUCUAGGAUUCUCCGAAUAUUAGAUUUUUCCUAUUAAAGGGCAAAUUUUCCACUGACAUCACUAGAAGUGCCGUAUACAGCACCAAGAGUCUAGUCGAGAGCCGCAAUCUAUAGAUUUGCCACAGAUCAAAGGAGUCAGACAUGGUCAAAGAUACUAAGCUAUACGAUAUUUUGGGUGUCUCCCCUGACGCCACCGACGCCCAGCUGAAAAAAGCUUAUCGGUUGGGAGCCUUGAAGCACCACCCAGACAAAAACCCUUCUCCAGAGGCGGCCGAGAAGUUCAAAGAGAUUUCCGCAGCCUAUGAGAUUCUUAGCGAUCCGGAAAAAAGGGAUUUAUACGAUCAGUAUGGUGAAGAAGGUCUCAGCGGAGGAGGAGCAGGAGGCAUGAACGGAGCAGACAUUUUCUCGCAGUUCUUUGGCGGGUUUGGUGGGUUUGGCCAGCGUGGUCCUACCGGCCCUCAGAGAGGAAAGGACAUCAAGCACACCAUUUCUUGCACUUUGGAGGAACUGUACAAGGGUAAGACUACAAAGCUGGCUUUGAACAAAACCGUGCUAUGUUCCAGCUGUAAGGGUAAGGGCGGUAAGGACGUGAAAAAGUGUUCCUCUUGUGACGGUACCGGUAUGAAGUUUGUCACCAGACAAAUGGGUCCUAUGAUCCAGAGAUUCCAAACUACCUGUGACGUUUGUCACGGUGAGGGAGACAUCAUUUCGCCAAAGGACAGAUGCCAGACCUGUAAAGGUAAGAAGGUCAGCAACGAAAGAAAAAUCUUGGAGGUUCACAUCGACCCAGGUAUGCAAGCUGGCCAGAGAGUUGUGUUCUCUGGCGAGGGAGACCAACUUCCAGACAUCAUUCCUGGAGACGUGAUUUUCGUGAUUGACGAAAAGAAACAUGAUACCUUCAGAAGACAGGGCCACGACCUGUUUUACGACGCCAAGAUCGAUCUUCUGACUGCUUUGGCCGGAGGUGCCUUUGCCAUCAAGCAUUUGAGUGGAGAGUACCUCAAGAUUGAUAUUAUCCCUGGCGAAGUGAUUUCCCCAGGCUCGGUGAAGGUCAUCGAGGAGAAGGGCAUGCCUAUUCCAAGACAUGGAGGCUACGGAAACCUGUUUGUGAACUUUGAGGUCAUUUUCCCACCUAAGGGCUUCGCUACCGAGGAGCAGCUUGCAGCACUGGAGAAGAUUUUGCCACCAAGACCAGCACUCAACAUUCCAAAGAACGCCGUUGUCGACGAUUCCUGUGUUCUGACAGACGUGGAUCCUAUCAAGCACGGCCAGCGUAGGAACAGAAGCUAUGACGAGGAUAACGACGAAGAUGAGGAUGGCCAGCCUGGUGUCCAAUGUGCACAGCAGUGAGUAAUACUAUCAGAUCGCUUUUUUGGAGUAAUCUUUAUUUGGAAACCAAAAAAUAAACGUCGAUCGACGCGUCGGUGAUGUAAUCGCUAUUUAAAGAUCUGCGAAAAAUCAACAAAGGAGAAUUAUUUG